AUGGCGGGAGAGACGGGGCAAGCUGGCGGUCAUGGCGGGAGAGACGGGGCAAGCUGGCGGUCAUGGCGGGAGAGACGGGGCAAGCUGGCGGUCAUGGCGGGAGAGACGGGGCAAGCUGGCGGUCAUGGCGGGAGAGACGGGGCAAGCUGGCGGUCAUGGCGGGAGAGACGGGGCAAGCUGGCGGUCAUGGCGGGAGAGACGGGGCAAGCUGGCGGUCAUGGCGGGAGAGACGGGGCAAGCUGGCGGGAGAGACGGGACAAGCUAGCGGUCAUGGCGGGAGAGACGGGGCAAGCUGGCGGGAGAGACGGGGCAAGCUGGCGGUCAUGGCGGGAGAGACGGGGCAAGCUGGCGGUCAUGGCGGGAGAGACGGGGCAAGCUGGCGGUCAUGGCGGGAGAGACGGGGCAAGCUGGCGGUCAUGGCGGGAGAGACGGGGCAAGCUGGCGGGAGAGACGGGACAAGCUAGCGGUCAUGGCGGGAGAGACGGGGCAAGCUGGCGGGAGAGACGGGAUCGACAAGCUAGCGGUCAUGGCGGGAGAGACGGGGCAAGCUGGCGGUCAUGGCGGGAGAGACGGGGCAAGCUGGCGGUCAUGGCGGGAGAGACGGGGCAAGCUGGCGGUCAUGGCGGGAGAGACGGGGCAAGCUGGCGGUCAUGGCGGGAGAGACGGGGCAAGCUGGCGGUCAUGGCGGGAGAGACGGGGCAAGCUGGCGGUCAUGGCGGGAGAGACGGGGCAAGCUGGCGGUCAUGGCGGGAAACGGGGCAAGCUGGCGGUCAUGGCGGGAGAGACGGGGCAAGCUGGCGGUCAUGGCGGGAAACGGUGCAAGCUGGCGGUCAUGGCGGGAAACGGGGCAAGCUGGCGGUCAUGGCGGGAAACGGGGCAAGCUGGCGGUCAUGGCGGGAAACGGGGCAAGCUGGCGGUCAUGGCGGGAAACGGGGCAAGCUGGCGGUCAUGGCGGGAAACGGGGCAAGCUGGCGGUCAUGGCGGGAAACGGGGCAAGCUGGUGGCUGUGACAAGAGAAUGGCUGGGCAAGCUGGCGGCCGUAAUUUAAAGGAGUUGGUGGGGCUAGCUGGCGGCGCUAAAAGGUGUUGA